GGAGCAGAACAGAACAGAACAGAACAGAAGUGGAGAUAAGGUCAAGAAUCAAACUCGGCGUCGUCGUCGAAAGUUCGUUCGAGUUCUCUUCCGACUUCCUCCGUUCCUCUCGUAGAUUCCCGAAAUCAGCCUGGUCGAGCUUCUGAUUUUCUCUCCGGUUGAAUUUGUUUUUGGGGGAGAAGAAGAUGUGGGCGGCUUCUUGCCUCGCGUCAUGCUGUGCAGCUUGCGCAUGUGAUGCUUGCCGUACGGUGGUGUCGGGAAUUAGCAGGAGGUCUGCGCGGAUUGCUUACUGUGGUCUCUUUGCUCUGUCUCUCAUCGUUUCAUGGAUUCUCCGCGAGGUCGCUGCCCCUCUCAUGGAGAAACUUCCUUGGAUUAACACUUUCAAGAAGGUCCCCAGCAGAGAGUGGUUUGAAACUGAUGCUGUGCUGCGAGUUAGCUUGGGGAACUUUCUCUUUUUCUCCAUUCUGUCCUUUAUGAUGGUUGGUGUGAAAACCCAAAAGGAUCCUCGUGAUAACAUUCACCAUGGAGGAUGGAUGAUGAAAAUUAUAUGCUGGUGCCUUCUGGUGAUUUUCAUGUUUUUCCUUCCUAAUGAAAUCAUUAGCUUUUACGAGUCCAUAUCAAAGUUUGGCUCAGGAUUCUUUCUUCUUAUUCAAGUUGUCCUCUUGCUGGAUUUUGUCCAUGGAUGGAAUGACAAAUGGGUUGGAUAUGAUGAGCAGUUCUGGUACAUUGCCUUAUUUGUGGUUUCACUUGUCUGCUAUGUGGCAACUUUUGCCUUCUCUGGACUCCUCUUUCAUUUCUUCACACCAUCAGGACAAGACUGUGGACUAAAUACAUUUUUCAUCGUCAUGACUUUAAUUUGUGCCUUUGUUUUUGCUAUAGUUGCCUUGCACCCUGCGAUAAAUGGAAGCAUUCUCCCUGCUUCAGUUAUAUCGAUGUACUGCAUGUACCUCUGCUACAGUGGUCUUGCUAGUGAACCAAGGGACUAUGAGUGCAAUGGACUUCACAAGCACUCUAAAGCUGUUUCCACAAGCACCAUGACUCUGGGGCUGCUAACUACUGUUCUUUCAGUGGUCUAUUCUGCUGUCAGAGCUGGUUCUUCUACGACUCUGCUUUCCCCACCAAGCUCACCCCGUGCAGGUGCUGGGAAGCCAUUGCUGCCACUGGACAAGGUAGAUGAGCAUGAAGAGAAGGAAAAAUCUAAACCAGUAUCGUACUCCUACUCUUUCUUCCACAUUAUCUUCUCCCUCGCAAGCAUGUACUCUGCCAUGCUCUUGACUGGGUGGUCAACCUCGGUGGGGGAGAGCGGGAAAUUGGUCGAUGUGGGCUGGUCUUCUGUGUGGGUUCGCAUUGUGACUGGGUGGGCCACCGCGGUUCUCUACAUCUGGUCCCUCCUCGCUCCCAUCAUGUUCCCCGACAGGGAAUUCUAAGCCAAACGUAGUUAGUACUUUUAACGAUUCCGAUGUUUGGGUUGUGUAAGUAAAGAACUCUCCAGUUGUAUGGGUAUUAUCGACUUGACUCGGUGUGAACUAGAGGCUCAAGCCUCACUUAUCAGGAAUUCACCCUCCCUCUUCUCUGUAUAAAAAGGUUGAGGUGUGUGGAAAUUGAAGAACCACUUGAAUAUGCUGGCACGAAUUAUUUUGUAUAA